AUGUCCCCUCUUGCCAACCCCAACCAUCCAAGCUCCCGCUCCAAUCCCCACAUGUUCCACCGCCUAAUCCGCUUCCUGCAUCCACCAUCACCUCCUCCUCAACCUGUAAUGAUCGAGAUGUCAAUGCCCACGCCUCCAUCCUUAAACAAACCCAAGCAUGUCAGUUACUGGCUUCGCUGCCUUAAAACAUGUCUUCCCACCGACUACACUUCGACGGACCUCAAUCGUCUUACCCUCGGCUUCUUCACGAUCGCAGCUUUGGACCUCCUCGGCGCUCUCUCCAACUCCACAAGUCUCGAAGAGCGCGCUGGAUGGAUAGAUUGGAUCUACCAUAAUCAGCUCCCUUCUGGCGGAUUCCGUGGAAGCCCUGCAACAUUCUUGUAUGGUGCGGCGCCGCACUGGGAUCCCCCGAAUCUACCGGCAUCGUACUUUGCGCUGGUAACGCUGAUAAGUUUGGGCGACGACCUGGGAAGGGUUGAGAAGAAGGGCUUGUUAGCGCUGCUGCCGAAGAUGCAGAGGAGCGAUGGGAGCUUUGGGGAAUGGUUGGGCCCCGACGAUGAAGUGGUGGGAAGCAGUGAUAUGAGGUUUAUCUACUGUGCUUGUGCGAUUCGAUGGGUUCUGAGGGGACGCAAUGGAGAUGGCAUAAUUGAGGGGGUGAAGGAUAUUGAUGUAGAUCGGUGCGUGAGCUAUAUCGCAUCUGCGGAGACAUACGAUCAUGGCAUUUCCGAGAAGCCAUUUGGAGAAGCUCACGCUGGCCAUACCUACUGCGCUAUCUCGGCCCUCGCCCUCUUAAACCGCCUCCAGCCCACUGACACAGGUAUCAGCUCCUCAGACAACAUAGUCCGCUGGCUUGUCUCGCGGCAGAUCCCCUUCGAGGCCCGUGAUGGUUACGACGAAGAAGAAAUUGAGGAACUCAUCACCGAAGGCACUGAAGAGACCAGGCUGCAAGCCACCCACGUCGAAGUCGAUGCCGAUAACCACCCGCUUUGGGCCGGGUUUAACGGAAGGUGUGGCAAGCGCGGUGAUACCUGCUACUCUUUCUGGGUCGGGGGUAGUCUCGACGUACUAAAAAAGCUGCAUCUCAUUGAUGUGAAGGCGAAUAGACGCUUUCUACUAGAGAAGACCCAGCACUUCAUUGGUGGCUUUGCAAAGCUGCCAGGGCCGGGAGUACCACCAGAUAUUAUGCACUCUUUCUUGGGACUGGCGGCGUUAGCUUUGGUCAGAGAGGAGGGUCUGAAUAGACUGGAUGCUAUGUUGUGCAUUAGCAUGCAGGCGAAGGAGAGACUGAUGGAAAUGGACUGGUGGAAGAACGCGCCUGUCAGCUAG